AUGAUUAAAGUCAUCGGUAUCAAGCAGAAAUGGCGUACGGUGGCGCUAGCGGUUAUGCUACUAUAUAUUAUGAUGACUCUUGUGCGGUCAUCGUCGGUUCCUAAACAUACUCCUCAGACUGAGUUAAAAUCAGAUAAACUAGCACUCCAGCGGGAACUCGAGAAGCAUUCCAACUGGCGGGAGCUUGGUAUGGAUAUGCAUACCAGUAAGAGUCCACAGUUGCCGCUCCUCUCUACAGUAAGACAGCAACUCAGCUUCCAGUUUCCUUAUGAGCCAAAGAAGGGUUUUCAAAAGAACAUUUGGCAAACGUGGAAGGUGGGCACCGAAAGUGCAGACUUCCCUCAACAGUACCGACAGUUUACCAAUUCGUGGACGUCUCAAAACCCCACUUAUAAGCACAACGUCAUUUCUGAUGCCCAAUGUGACGCCUUAGUCAAGGACUUGUAUGGAUCGAUUCCUGACGUGGCUGAAGCAUGGAACUCGAUGCCCAAGAGCAUUUUGAAGGCGGAUUUCUUUAGGUACCUCAUUCUUUUUGCUCGUGGAGGUGUUUAUUCUGAUAUUGAUACCUCCGGAUUGAAGCCCGUGGACGAUUGGAUCUCUAAUGAGAGUACCAUUGACGACAAAACCAAUCAAGCAGGGCUCGUGGUGGGCAUUGAGGCUGACCCUGACAGACCCGACUGGGCAGAGUGGUAUGCUCGACGGAUUCAGUUCUGUCAGUGGACCAUCCAGGCGAAAAAGGGCCAUCCAAUGUUGAGAGAGUUAAUUGCCAAGAUCACUGAGUUGACAUUGGAUAGAAAGAAGAAGGGCCAAUUGAAGAAGGUUUUGGGUAAGGACGUUGGUGGCGAUAUCAUGAAUUGGACAGGGCCAGGAAUCUGGACAGACAUGGUGUUCGAAUAUAUGAACAACAUCAUGCAGCCUGAGCAGAACUUCAAGACUAGGCAGUACGAUGAGAUCGUCACUUGGAAGAUGUUUACGGGUCUCGAGAAGCCCAUGGUAGUGGAUGAUGUUCUUAUCUUGCCCAUCACGUCGUUUUCACCGGAUGUGGGGCAAAUGGGAGCGCAGUCGUCGUCUCAUCCUUUAGCUUACGCCAAACACAUGUUUCUGGGUAGCUGGAAGCAAGGAGAUCGAGCAACGGAGUAG